AUGGAAGGCAACAUAGACCCUGAUGGUGACCGUGGACAAGGGGACCCAAGUGCUGCAGAAGGAGAUGGGGAUAGAGCCAGAUAUAGCGUGAUGGCGCGCUGCGCGUCGCAGUCGUCGCUGGACGAGUCGUCGCAGCGGCGGGCGGGCGGCGCGGGCGGCGCGGCGGGCGCGCAGCACGCGGCCGCCCUGCUCGAGGCGCUGGCGCGGCUGCGCGGCGACGGCGCGCUCUGCGACGUGCGCCUGCUGGCGCGCCCGCACGCCGCCGCACAGCCGCAGCCCUCCGACGGCGUGGCGGCGCACCGCGCCGUGCUGGCCGCCUGCUCGCCCUACUUCCGCGCCAUGUUCACGCAGUUCGACGAGCGCACCCAGCCCGCCGUCACCAUACAGAACGUCGAACCGCACGCCCUCGAGGCGAUCGUGGAGUACAUCUACGAUCCGGAGUCGCUCGUCAUCACCGAGGAGAACGUGCAGAGCGUGCUGUCGGCGGCGUCGCUGCUGCAGGUGUGCGGCGCGCGCGCGGCCUGCUGCGGCUUCCUGGCGGCCGCGCUGGCGCCCGACAACGCGCUCGGCAUCCGCGCCUUCGCCGAGCUGCACGGCUGCCAGGAGCUGCUGCUCUGCGCCGAGCGCUACCUGCACCGCCACUUCGUCGACGUGCUCGAGACCGAGGAGUUCCUCGCGCUGGCGCCGGACACGCUCGCGCAGCUGCUGGACAGCGACCGCAUCAUGGUGCCCAACGAGGAAGUGGUGCUGGACGCGGUGAUCCGGUGGAUGCAGCACGAGCCCGAGGAGCGGCAGCGGCACCUGGGCGCGCUGCUGGAGCACGUGCGGCUGCCGCUGCUGGCGCAGGACGUGCUGGUGGCGCGCGCCGCGGCCGAGCCGCUGGCCGGCGCCGGGCUGCGCGUCAAGGACCUGGUGAUCGAGGCGCUGUCCUUCCACCUGCUGCGGCCCGAGCGGCGCGCCGCCGCCGCCGCCGCGUGCGCGCGCGCCCGCCCGCGCCAGCCGCCGCGCGCGCCCAAGCUGCUGCUGGUGGUGGGCGGGCAGGCGCCCAAGGCCAUCCGCGACGUGGAGGCGCUGCAGCUGGAGACGGGCCGCUGGCGGCGCGCCGCCGAGCUGCCCACGCGCCGCUGCCGCGCCGGCCUGGCCGUGGUGGCGGGCAAGCUGUACGCCGUGGGCGGCUUCAACGGCACCCUGCGCGUGCGCAGCGUGGACAUCUACGACGCGGCCACCGACUCGUGGGCGCCGGGCCCGCCGCUGUGCGCGCGCCGCUCCACGCUGGGCGUGGCCGUGAUCGGCGACGUGAUCUACGCCGUGGGCGGGUUCGACGGCGCCUCGGGGCUCAGCUCGGCCGAGGCGAUGGACGCGCGCGAGGGCGUGUGGCGGCCCGUGGCCGGCAUGAGCACGCGCCGCUCGUCCGUGGGCGUGGGCGUGCUGGGCGGGCGGCUGUACGCCGUGGGCGGCUACGACGGCGCGGCGCGCCAGUGCCUGCACACGGUGGAGCGCUACGAGCCGGCGGCGGACGCGUGGCAGCCGGUGGCGGAGAUGGGCGCGCGGCGCUCGGGCUGCGGCGUGGGCGUGGCAGAGGGCGCGCUCUACGCCGUGGGCGGGCACGACGGGCCGGCCGUGCGCCGCUCCGUGGAGCGCUUCCGCGAGGGCGCGGGCUGGGCGCCGGCGCCGCCCAUGGCCACGGCGCGCCGCAACGCCGGCGUGGCCGCGCUCCACAGCCGCCUCUACGUCGUGGGCGGCGACGACGGCGCCGCCAACCUCGCCUCCGUCGAGGUGUUCGACCCGUCGACCGAGUCGUGGACGACGCUGGCGGGCGGCAUGUCGGUGGCGCGAUCGUACGCCGGCGUGGCCGUGCUGGACGAGCCGCCC